CUGCAUGGGUGGACAUCAAUUUUCAAGUCUUGUCACACAUUCUCACACAUACCCUAACCCUGUAAGAACCCUGUAUAAUGCUUAGGAUAUUGUCUUGUAACCUAGCCAAUUAGUCAUGAAGUCAAGAUAGACUGGCAACAUUUUAUUAAGUGUGAUAAAGAAUAAUUCUUGGUUCUGCUUAUCUGCAGAAUCUAACUUAAAAAAUCCUAUUUUGGUUAUUCUUCCAAUUCACUCUUUGUUAACGUUACAUAUGAACAUUUGUAACCUGUUUUUUUUUAAAUUUCUUUAUUUUUUUUUUAAUCCAAAAUGUAAUCUAUUAUGCUGAGUCAAUGCAAAACCUUGUUGUUUUGAAUCCGGACUGGAUCGGUCCAUAUUUGACCUAGAACUGGGUUAGCAAAAAACACCAAUUUAUUUUGAUUCUUACCCUGCAACUUUUUUUCUUUUUUUUUUUUACCCUAAACGCGUCUCUUUCCUGUAAUUGGGAAUCCUGGCCGGAAUAUUGUGUCAUUGUCGGAUCUUUAUUAAUCACGGGUUGGGGUGGGUGGGCCGAAACGACGACAUCCUGGCUGGGUAGGAAAACAAACCGGAUGACUGUUACACCGCGUCUGCCUUCACACGUUUUGGAUGAUUUAAACCGUUUUACAUCAUCGGCCUCACCCUCCCCCUCCCCCCCCUCCAUCCUGUGCUGCCUCCCGCCGAUGCGCCGCGCAAGCAGCCCGGAGAUGCUGCUGCUGCUGAUGUUAGCGACCGACUGCAGCAUCCGACAUGGGCAUCCUUUAAUCCGGCCGCGGCACAGUAACGUUCUCUCUCACCAUGUGGGUAAGACCUAACAAAGCCUUCCACUAGACUAAGAGAGCCACAGACAGCGGUAGAAAAUCAGGUUCCCCUCACAUGGAUGAAGGAUAACUUAACUGUCUACAGAGAAGUUGCAGAACUUGAGCAGAAACUUCAAAGAACAACUUACUUAAAGUCUUCCUUGUAAGCUUUUUACUCUUUGACUUCACACCCUCAGUAUGAGCGGUCUGGUAGGGAAGCUGGACCCUCGCAGGAUACAGUGGGGCUCAGCAUGGAACACCUUUACAUCCCGUGUGCUGAGGACCAAACCUGUGGAGUCCAUGCUGGAUUCAGCCGUGUCGGGUACCAGCUCACAUGGCACCAAACUGGCCCGGGUGUUGUCAACGGUGGACUUGGUGUCGCUGGGUGUGGGCAGCUGCGUCGGGACGGGGAUGUAUGUGGUCUCGGGGCUCGUUGCCAAGGAGAUGGCCGGUCCUGGGGUCAUUGUGUCGUUCAUCAUCGCCGCUGUGGCCUCCAUACUCUCAGGAGUGUGUUAUGCAGAGUUUGGGGUACGUGUGCCUAAGACUACAGGUUCGGCCUACACCUACAGCUAUGUAACCGUAGGAGAGUGUGUGGCUUUUUUCAUCGGCUGGAACUUAAUCCUGGAGUAUCUCAUCGGCACUGCGGCGGGGGCGUCGGCUCUCAGCAGCAUGGCGGACUCUCUGGCCAAUCACAGCAUCAGCACCUUCAUGAUUUCACAUAUCGGCACACUCAACGGCUUGGGUAAAGGGGAACAGUCAUACCCAGAUCUGCUGGCGCUGCUGAUAGCUUUGCUGGUGACAGCGAUAGUGGCUUUGGGAGUGAAGAACUCUGUUGGCUUCAACAAUGCGCUGAACAUCAUCAACCUCAUCGUGUGGGUGUUCAUAAUGAUUGCUGGGCUGUUCUUUGUCAACGGAGAGAACUGGGAUGAAGGGAGAUUCCUGCCCUUUGGCUGGUCAGGGGUAAUGCAGGGUGCAGCCACCUGCUUUUAUGCCUUCAUCGGGUUUGACAUCAUUGCUACAACAGGAGAAGAGGCCAAAAGCCCCAACACCUCCAUCCCCUACGCCAUCACUGCCUCGCUCAUCACCUGCCUCACUGCCUAUGUCUCCGUCUCUGUGAUACUAACACUGAUGGUCCCAUACAAUGAAAUAGAUGCAGACGCCCCGCUAAUGGAGAUGUUUUCGAUGCAUGGCUGUAUGUUUGCAAAGUACAUAGUUGCUGUGGGGUCCAUAGCUGGGCUGACUGUUUCCCUGCUGGGAUCCUUGUUCCCCAUGCCCAGGGUCAUCUACGCCAUGGCAGGAGAUGGUCUCCUGUUUAAGUUCCUGGCCAGUGUUUCUUCAUACACAGAGACCCCUGCUGUGGCUUGUGUGGUGUCUGGAUUUCUGGCCUCCCUUUUGUCCCUUCUGGUCAGCCUCAGAGACCUCAUAGAGAUGAUGUCCAUAGGCACUUUGCUGGCCUAUACUCUAGUGAGCCUUUGCGUGCUCCUCUUACGUUACCAACCUGAGGGCGACAUCCACGGCUUUGUAAACUUCCUCUCCGAGGAACAGACUAAGAAGAGGAAGGAGGGCGUUCUGGCUGAGUGCGAGAAAGACGCCUGCUCGCCAACCAGCGAGGCCGACGAGUACGGAGGCGCGCCCACAAACACCUGCGGGGCCAAAAACUUACCAUCGCUGGGUGACAACGAGAUGCUGAUUGGAAAACCGGAUAAAAAUGCAUACAGCGCCACCCAUCCCAACUAUGGCACAGUGGAUAUGACAACAGGCAUUGAAGCAGAGGAGUCAGAAGGAGGGAUGUCCCGGCGGCUCAAGAAGCUGAUCGGACCUCACUACUAUACGUUAAGAAUCCGUCUUGGCCUCCCUGGAAAAAUGGACAGGCCAACUCCAGUCACAGGGAAAACCGUCACUGUGUGUGUGCUACUGCUGUUCAUCUUGUUCUUUGCUUUCUGCUCCUUCAUCAUUUUUGGAGCGAACUGUAUUACGGAGGGUCGUUGGUGGGCCUUACUGCUAUUAAUCUCCCUCAUAAUCUUCAUUGCCCUACUGAUCUUCAUCAUUCUCCAGCAGCCAGAAAACCCUAAGAGGCUGCCUUAUAUGGCCCCCUGCGUGCCGUUCGUACCUGCUUCGGCCAUGCUGGUCAAUAUCUACCUCAUGCUUAAGCUAUCUGCCAUUACUUGGAUUCGGUUUUCAAUCUGGUGCCUCGUUGGUGUGCUCAUCUACUUUGGCUACGGCAUGUGGAACAGCACCUUGGAGAUCACCGCCCGGGAGAACGAAGUGCACGCCUCCACCUACCAGCGCUACGAUCAGGGCGUGGACGAGGGCUUCUGCGGCUUUGACGACGACUUCUACCCGCCCACCACUGACACCUGGGGUGCACUCGAGGAGGAAUCAGGGGCGACCCCACCUUCAAAGGCAAAACCAGAAAAUGAUGGGAUUUCAUCAAAAGGUGGAGGCAGAACCAUUGCUAACAAUGGCCUUGCGGAGGAGGACCCAAUGGAUUUCUAAUGGGACUGAAUUCUGUGUUAAAUUGAAUGUACUGCCUUGUCUGCUGCCUGGGGUGGGGGGGGGGGGGUCAUAUGUGAGUGUAUGACUGAUUGUGGGUGUGUGAGUAUGUCUGCAUGCUUGCACGAGUGUAUUUAUUUUAUGUAUCAAUCCCUAGGGCUAGAUUGUGUUUGUGUGUUGGAACAGUUUGUCUUUUAUCAUUCUCAACUACGCUUGGCAUGCUGCCCCCACACAAAUGCAGACAUAAAUGUCUUCACACUUUUAGAGAUUCAGGCUCUUCAGUCAACCUCCCAAACAAAGGAAAGCAUGUGAAAAAAGUGCAAACAAAGUGAAAGAUAAGAUAUAAUGUGUUUUAGUGAUGAAGUGAAGAAAUUACAUGCUGUACUGAGCAUAUUUGUAACUGUUUAGUCAAGAACUUUGGCAUAGGAGAGAAAAGGGUGAUGGGAGUGGAAUGAUGAGUCAGCAACUGUCUUCCUGUUCCAGCACAGGCAGACAGACAGGAAAGUGUAAUGACAGUACGAUAAAUACAAAUGCCUUCCUAUGGCAAAGUCUAACUUUGCCUGUUAACAUUUUUUUGUACAAAAAUCUGGAAAAACUUUAAAAUAUAUUCCUAAACCUAAAUUAAACAUCUAGCCUGAGGGGUUUUACCAGGGAUUUGGGGUAAUGGGUGUUGAUGUUUUCUGUGACAACUAGUACUUGGACUUUGCUUGUAAUAGUGCCUUCAUCUACUGUGUUUGUUUUCUGGUUGUGUCAGUUCUCUACUUUGAUUUUGCCAGUGUACAUGUGUGGUCUUUCGUACUGUGCCUUGCAAAAGUAGUCAUAUAUCUUAAACUUGUUCAUAUGCAGACUUCAACCUAUUUUAUUGGGAUUUAAUGUGAGACCAACACAAAGUAACAGUUGUAUUCAAACCAUUCAAUUGUAGCUCUGGUUGGAGAUUAAAAUUGUUUUCUUUCUGGAAGGUGAACCUCUUCCCUUUGGCCUCAUAUCUGUGGAAGCCUUUAACAGGUUUUCUUCCAGGUUUCCUAUAUUUCACUCCUAAAGAAAACAAUUCCCAUAGCAUAACGCUGCCACCAACAUCAUUCACCAUGGGGUGUGUUUAGAAUAAUGCUCAGGAUAGAAGUUUACCUAUAGACAAAAAUGUUUCAUUUUGGUCUCAUCUGACCAGCACACCCUCUUCCACAUGUUUGGUGUGUUCCUUACAAGACUGAUGGCAAACUCCUAAUGAGACCUCCUACUGGUUACUUUUAAAAAUAGUUCCUUCUUUCCGCUUUUUCAUAAAAGCCACAUUUGUGAAGUUUAAAGUUAAUAGUGGUAAUGUGAUAAUAUCCUCCUACCUGAAAUAUGGAUUUCUGCAGCUGCUUCUAAGACUCUUUGCUGCUUCUGUGAUUAAUACUGACCUGCCAGUUUAGAUGGAUAGCCAUAUCUUCAUAGGUUUGCAGCUGUGUCGUACUAUUUCCAUUUUUGGAUGAUGGAUUAAUCUGUGUAAUCGUAAAAUGCUCAAGAUAUUAUCUACCAAACUGUGCUUUAAUCUUUUUUAUAACUUUAUCUCUGAUCUGCCUGGUGUUUUUGUUGGUCUUCAUGAUGCUUUUUGUUUCUUCAUGUUCUAUAACAAGGCCUUCAGAGAACAGCUGUUUGUAAACUAAGAUUAAAUUACAAAGGCUGGGUCCAUUUACUAAUUAGAUGACUUUAGAAGGUGAUUAACGGCGCUUAUUUUCAUUUAUGGUUAUUGGGGCUAAGAACAAAUGGAUGACAAACGUUUCAGAUUUUUAUUUUUUUUUAAGUUUACAUUCCAUUUCACAAUAAUAAACUGCUUUGUGUUGGUCCAUCACAUAAACUCUCAUUAAAAUACAGAAGGUUCGGUUUUGGUUUUAACAUGACAAAAUGUAAGAAGGUGUGCAUACUUUUACAUGGCACUGUACACUUUGUGCACUCAAACUCAGUCUUUAUAUAUAUAUAUUUUCUGUCUGUGUUUGAACAAAGUGGGCUCUUCAGAUUUUUUUUUUAAAGUAUGUUUGUUAGUUUUUCUAUUAUUCCCUUGCAUGAAAAUGAAAUCAGUCCACUUGCAACCAAAAACAAAUGUGCAAUGAAAAUUGCUCAUCAGUUUACCUUAAUUUAGAUUUAGAUUAGACUUAGUAGAUAAACAGAAAGAGAACAUAGGUUGAAUCGUAGUUGGCAACCUGCUGUGUUUAUAGAAAUGAAAGUCAUGCCGUUUUUUUCAGUCUUUUCUGUGUGUCUUUUGUAUCCCAGCCUCUGAGGUUCUUUCUCUGUGUUCUUACACCUGUAAGAAAUUUAUUUUCUCUAUAAUUUUGAAACAUUUAAAUUGUUACCUUUUGGCUAUCUUAUAUACUAGUGAGGAGAAAAGAAAAGCUGAAAUCGAAUCCUUCCUAUUCAUAAUCUCUUCUCUCCUCUGCUCCACCUUCAUGGUUUUCCUUUAGUUUAUUGCUACAAAUUUCCACCACUAAUUUUCUCCUCCAGCUCAACUCUUCCAUCAUCCAUUUACCAUUUUACUCCUCUCUUGAUGUCAAUCGGGCUGUGUCAUCAGGAAGUAACCUCUCCGACUCGCAAGUAAUAGACCACCAAAGAUUGGCUUGCCUUCUGGAAAUGUAACAGCGAUCUGCUCAUGAUCUGUUGAUCCACAAUUUGAUUUAAUUGUGUCUGCUAUUUGUCAUCUAAUUUGUCACCAGAGUACUUAUUUCACUCCUUUUCAGUUUUUAUUUAUGUUGCAUACGCCAACAGUAUCAGAUGUUGCAACAUCCUAAAGAUAUUUAAUUAUUGCAUUCAAAACAUGGGCUUGUUGUUACAGUUAAAAAAGACAAGACAAGCACUAGUUAGAAAAAGAGCUUUACAUAAAAAGGCAUUGUGAAACAUAUGCAGAGAUAUUUCUAUAUAGUGAGUUGGAUUUUUACAAACACCAAAUAGCACACUGUUAUGCUAUCUCACUGGGGGUGGGGAUGCUCCUUCAACUGCUUCUGGUGCUGCUGUCUGACCUGAUUGUUGCUGUCCCUCUACCUUUUCCUUGCGCCCCUCUGUUGCUGCAUUAGUCCCUAUUAGGGAAGCCUUAUUUGUCUAAUGCACUAAAUCUAAGGAUGCCACGCUAACCAUCCCCCCCCCCCCCCCCCCCUCACCCAGCCUCUCCUUGUAUCACAAUCAUCAAAACUAUGAAAAAUAAAGAUCCUUUCCUUGCAGUUCUGGAAUAUCAUAUGUUAAAGGUACUUGCAAAUAAACAUAGCUUUGUGUUGCAUGAACUUACUGUCAUAGCUAAAUGGGGCUUGUCAAUGCUAAGGAUGAAACAUCAAAAUGAUCUAGUUUAUUGCAAGGUCUGGCUUUUCUUAUUGAUAAACAUUUUUAAAGAAAAUAUAAAACAAAUCAGCAGAAAAUAACUGUAAAAUCUUAUUUUCAAAAAGACUGAAUACAUCAGAAAUGAACAUAAUCUGAGGUCAUGAUGAGUUAUCCAUUAUUUCUGUUACACAAGUACUCUCAAAGAAAUUGUACAGAUUCAAACAUACAUUUUCUUUUAUUGUAUAUUACCCAGCAAGGGGUGGUUGUUAUAACGAUGAGAUUGUGAACAAUUAGAAUUUGUUAUCGUUCUGCUAAAGCAGAUUCUUUUACACUUUUUAACUUUUGUUCUGUCUUUAGCUUCUUCAGCUUACAUAUUAGGUUUAAUGGAAAUAGAGGCAGAAUGAAACAGAUGUGAAAAAAACCCUAUGGCUUUAAUGCUGUUGUGGCUUUGAAAGCCAGAGAAAGCAUGUAUGGUAUGGUAUGGUAAGCAUAUUAUGGUUUUAGUUCUGUUACACUCUGGAUAUCCUUUGCACAUGUAGGUGCAAACUAUAGGUUUUUAAAAAUGUCCACUUUAAAGAGGUCUUUUUAAUAUUUCAGUUUUUGGCACCAAUAGUGGGUUUUGUGUGGACAUUAGCUGCAAACGGUUCAGAAACUCUCCAUUUUGCAAAAUAUAUGGGGUAGUUUUGCAAGGCCUCAUUUUCCUGUUUCCUUUCAGCUUCAAAGGAUAGUUUCUAUGUACAGUUGUUGUUAUGCAGCAGUUAUUUGAAUUAUCUGGUAAAGAUUUUUUAAAUGCUUUAAAAUGACAGAAAAAUGCAUUUGAACUGUAUAUGCAAUGCAGCAUCACACAUGCUUUGUCACAUACUCAUUAAAAAGCCAGUCAAAGUGGGAGUUGUUUAAACCACUAUAGAGCCCUGAAUCUGAAAUAUAGCUCUGUAUUUAGGACUUCAGAUCAGCACAAAGAAGACUUUAUGAAGAUAUAUUUGUCCUCACUCAACCUGGAGGGAAGCAACAUGAGAAGUUCUCUACCUCCAGGUGGCUAGGGUCUGAUAUAUCAGUUUAACUUGCUACCAGCUUUUCAGAUCUCCUGGGCUACCGGGAUAAUAGGGCUUUUUGGCCUAAAGCAGUUUUAGGAGAGUUUGUUUUAUAGUGUCAAGACAGUUGAUAAACUGAGACACUAGUUCCUUCAAACCUUCACCAUUAUAGGCUCAAGCAUUUGUAUACCGAGCCUUAAACCUAUGAUAGCAUAUUUUCCAAAGCAAAAACAUGUUAUAAAAACCACAGGCUCAAUUCUAGGUGUGAAAUGAUGAAAAAUAUUACUACUACUACUGCUAAUAUUAGCUUUUAAUUUUAAUCUUGGUACCAUGAGAUGACAUCAAAUAGAAAACAUCAACUAGAUUACAUCCGAUUGAUAACUGUUAUGAUUGAUAACUGAUAAACUGAUAACUGAUAAAUUUGAACACACUCAUCACGAAUGAACACACUGAUCAUUUUAGAAUAUUUACAUACAGUUAUUUCCCCACUAAGUAGCAAAAGUGCACUUUACUUGAGUGUUGCUUCUGUCUACCUUGGUAAACAAGUCUUAAGUAUGUGCUUAUUAACUGUCAAUUGUGCCUAACACAAAUUGACAAGUUAGAACAGAAUAGAAAUAACCUUUUUUUUCCUCAACUCAGGUGUACCAGCACUAAAAUGAGAGGCAAGUUGUUCAGAUUCAAAUUACACGCAGAUUCAGAGAAGUUUAAACGUUUAAAAACAGAAAGCAAGAAUGAGAGACAGUACAGUAAGGGCAAAUUUACUGCAUAAGAAAAAAAUAGCAUAUUGAGAGUCCAAGAAAUGUGCAACUGGAUAUAUAUAUUAUAAAAAUGUACAUGUGCAUGUAUAUUUGUGCAUAAAAAAGAGCAACUGACUAAAAGAAAUGGACAAACUGUGCAAAUAACAGCAGAUAUGUAAACACAUUGUGUUUGUUGGCAGUGGUGAUGACUAUAAAGUCUAACAGCCACUGGGAGGAAGGAUCUGUGGUAAUGCCUUUUUAUGCUCCAAGAAUGCAGCAGUCUGUCAUUGAAGGAGCUCUCCUUCAUUGAUUUGGCAAACUGAAUAAAAUCUGCUUAGAAAUGUUCUCCGACCUAAAUGCUCUAUGCUUUUUCUUUAACAGCUAUAAUUUUGCAUAGGAACAUUUGAUAAAAUCUUGAUUUUAUUGUAAACAAAUAUGAUUUGAUAUUUUGAAUAUAUCACCCACCCUACAUGACCAAAUCACUUCCCUUCUCUGUCCAAAACUUUCAAUAGAAUUAAAUAACUUUCAAUAGAAUUGCAGUCACAGUCCAGUCAAAACAACCAUGAAAAUAUUUUUGAUUUCAUGUCUCAGAUUUCGGACUGUACAGUCAUCUUUAAAUUUUUUUUCUGUUUUGCGUAUUUGAAUAAAAGACCAUGUGAAUGCAUGUGCAGUGCAGAUGUAUGUGAUUUUGUGUUCCGAUGUCCACUUGUGGUCCACGCCUGCGCCUAAAUGUGACUGUCUGGUGAACGUUCAGCAUGCUCCUGUGCACAAGGCUCAGUUUCUAAAUAUUGUUCUUGCAUGUGGUUGCGGUAGACAUUUGACAAAUCCAAAUUCAGGCUUUGUUCUUCUUUGCCUUGGAGCCCUGGUUUUAGUAAUUUAGAGAGAGUGGUACAGGUAGUUUUUUUGUUUAGUUUUAAAAACUUUUUAGCUUCUAAAAACACUGCCUAGGAUUCUUCUGUUUAUGUUAAUUGCAUUAGUGUCUUUUUUUAAGGUUAUUUUUAGGUUUUUUAACCUGAAAUUUUAAUUGGGUGUAAAAUUGUUGUGGUAAUAAUUCACUUGUUCACUGAAAACCAUGGCUCCGUUUGACAGAACUAUGUAGCAAACAGUCUGAUGCAAAGACUGACUCCCUUCACACCUUUCUCAGAUAUCUACAGUAUAAAAUGCUCACUUCCCGUAUACACUCUGAAAACUGCUGCGUUUAAAAACAGCUCAGUGGAAGGAAUUUUGCUCAUCAUCCACCAUAAUCUGGGUGGGUUUGUAGGUUUUACCUAGCAUACUGGGUUAAGCUUGUAGACACGUAAAACAUUGUGGUAGUGAAUGGAAGUAGCUGAAAAUCUCACUUUUCGGAGCAUGAUCAGUUUAUGUUUUACCUUUGAAGAUUUAACUGCUAACUGUUACAGUUAAGUAGCUAUCACAGCAUUAUGUUGAGGACAUUGAUUUGCAUGGUUAGUUUUCCCAAAGCAUGUUGUUUGACUCUAAAUGUCACUUCAAGCUAAUGCUACAUAUGUGGUGGUAAGAAGGGAACUCCUGAUACAUUAUCUGUUAUUCAUUUGGCUCAGACACUAAGAAAGAAUUAGUCAGCUGCAGCUAAUAAUCAUGGGUAAACACGUCAGUGGGAAGUAUGGAGAGAGCAGUUGCUGAUUUCAUCUACACAAUCCAGUUCUUUGGUUCAAGAGUGAAUGUUGCACAUAGCUUGCACUAGCUUGUGCUAACUACUAAGCAGGUAAAAGGUGAAUAUUAACUUAGGUGAACAAACUUGUUCUCUAGUGAACAAAAGUCCUUAACACAAACCACUGACACUGAAAUUUUACAUUCUAGUUCUUAUUUCAUCCAGUUGAAUGAUUUCAGUAAAGUCGGAUCAGUACUUUGUGUAGUUCAGAAUUUCCAAUAAAUACAACAAACUGGCCAACUAGUUUUUUGACCCGCUUGGUUAAACUACCCAACUUCUACCUAACAGCAUAAAUCCAGCCUUUGGGUUAAAUAAAUAACUCAGCAGUUUUUUGUGUGCAUCUAUCCUCUCAACCACAACCAAGCCAGAGAACAUUUUUUUUCUCACUUUUCAUUUACCGAAAGCUAGUUUCUUAAUCUACAGUAGAGCUGACUUCUUUGUUAUUAUCAGCUUAUAAACUAUUUUACAACAAGGACAUAAUUUCUUUUAUAAGAGAAUCAGAAAACAAAAAUGCAAUGUUGGUUUUAUUCACCAGCUAUUAUUUGCUGAUGUUUUAUCAAAAUUAUAAAUUAUUACUCCAGACUUCAGUGACUUUAUUAGAGUAAUUUGUCCUCCAUGCAGAUGUUCCAGAUGAAAGUACAGUGAUAAAGAAAGAGUGACUGAAAAAAAGAGUAUUUUUCUACAGCUGUUUCCCAUCUACAGGACCUCCUUGGAUGGGUGUGCUGAGCUGAACUAGGUGGGGUUAUUAGUCUGUACUUUAUGAGUGUUUCUUUAAUCAUAAGGAGGCCUGGUAUAAACUGCUAAAAUAUAUUUUUGAAUAAACUUAGUUUCUAGAAAGAUAGAGCUAAUUUGUAAGCGUUCCCUUGAAUGUUUUUGAGUUGGUUGUAGAUGUUCAUAGGAUUUAGAUGGUUUAGGAUGUUUAAAAUAGAAGAAAAUGUUGAAAUUAUUUUAUUACCAAUCUAUAAGAGCUAAACUACAAAGAAAUAAUCAAAAAUAUUGCCGCUGUUGCUUUUAAAGUCAGCUACUCUGUGUUUAUUUUGUGUUGGAGAAAGAAUGCCAUGUACAUGUUCUAUGUUUGGAGGCAAGUGUCCAGUCCAUGUGUGUUAGAGUUGUUGAGAUUGGCUUCCCUUGGAUUGACUAAAUAUUUUGUUGCUAUUCUGUGAAUUUGCCACAAACCUGUAUACUAUUGCUGUGUUGGUUUUUGAUAGUUUCUUUCAAAUGUGUGAUUACUUUUUCUCCUGGUUUGCACUGUUUUUUCUGAACUGUUAUUAUUGCUUCCAUGUAUCAAUGAAAAGUUAUUUAUUGCAAAAACUAAACAGAGGUUUGUUAAUUUAUUAACAUAUGCAAUAAAUGGAGACAUACAGUCACAGAAUGAAAAACACACCCUCUUUAAGUACUAGUGAUUCACAUACAGUUGAAAACCAGAUGGUUGCAUGCAUUAUUUAAAAAGGCAUGUUUUUAGUUAUCACUGUCUGAUGUUAAUUCAGACUAAACAUUUCCUGUCCAAGGUCAGGUAGGAUUAAAGUUUUUGCAAAGUUUC